AUGUUCGCCAUGGACCGCGACAUGAGACCGUGGAAGUCAUCGAUUUCAGAUGCCAUUCAGGAGGAUGGGCCAGUGGAGAUGCCGCUGCCCAGCUGCCGAGUUGAGCCCUUCAUGAAUGGAAACCAUGAGUCCCUCGGAAGACUCGAAAGCCAGACAGGCCAAGGGGAGUCUUUGCCGGGUAUCCAAAAGCUGGAUGAGAUUGACCUGAAGACCAUGAUGGAGAAAAUGCGGAAGGAUAUGAUGCUCCGUUUGGACGGGCAGGAAACCAUGUUGCGGGAGCUUCUCAGCAGAAAAUCAGCAGCCAGUGAUGUGGGACGCUCCAUGAGCCACACUGUGUCCACCGUCUCGGAGCGGAAAGGGGGGUCGAUGGGUCGAUGGGUUGAUGUCGCGUCCUCGCAGCCAAUGCCAAUGCUUUGCCGGUAA